AUGCUAGAAAUAGGUACGUGGGCACUAAGAGGCAGAGGAGAUGAAAAGGGUACUGGAAUCGAUUUGCAAAUGAGACAUUUCCCAGCUCGAAGCAGCAUGAAAAGCCCUGGAUGCACUCCAAGGCAUACCAGAUGUCUCAUCAUUUUCAGCCUUUUGCUGGGACUCAUGUUCCUGUCAGGAUUCUUCCAUAGGAAGGAUAAGGAUUAUGGAAUCUUCGACAGCCACGAGGACCAAACUGUCGCCUUCCUGCAGAAUCUCAAACAGCCACUGCUGACCCCUCCCACGCCGUGCCAUGCCAAGACAAACGUCAUGUUCCUCAAGACCCACAAGACAGCCAGCAGCACCGUGCUCAACAUCAUGUUCAGGUUUGCAGAGAGGUACAACCUCACCGUCGCCCUCCCUGCUGGCCAGCAAUUCCACCUCGGCUACCCGAGGAUUUUCAGGGCCCACUUUGUGGAGGAUUUUGAAAUCAUAGGCCAAAACUACAACAUCAUGUGCAACCACUUGAGGUUUAACCCCUUGGAGGUGCAAAAGGUGAUGGCACCCAACACCUUCUACUUCUCCAUCCUGAGGAACCCCAUUCCUCUGAUGGAGUCUUCCUACAUCUACUUCAAGAACAAUGUCCCCGCCUUCAGGAGCUCCAAGGACGUGAACGAGUUCCUGGCAUCACCCACGAGGUUUUACCACCCAGCAGAUUACAGGGAGAACAUCCACGCCAGGAAUAUCAUGUGGUUUGACUUUGGCUACGACAACAACGCGGAGGACGACACAGAGUACACCCAGGCCAUCCUCGAGGAGAUCGAGCAGAACUUCCACCUCAUCCUCAUAGCAGAUUACUUUGAUGAGUCCAUGAUCCUCUUGAAGCACACUUUGUGCUGGGAUCUGGAUGAUGUGAUUUACUUCAAGCUCAAUUCCAGAAGUCAGGACACUGUCCAGACUUUGACUCCGGAAAGUGAGGAGCGGGUAAAAGCGUGGUGCUCGCUGGACUGGAAGCUCUACCUGCACUUCAACCAGAGCUUCUGGAGGAGAAUUGAGGAGACCAUAGGGCUGGAGGUGCUGGAGAAGGAGGUGGAUCACCUGCGAACCAGACAGAAGGAGCUCAUGGAGACCUGUCUCUUGGAGCAGGAGCCAGUGGGGAAGGAUCACAUCAGGAACAAAGCUUUCCAGCCUUACCAGUCAGGGGCUGCAAAUAUCCUGGGGUACAACCUCAGACAGGACUUGGACAACAGGACUCUGAGAAACUGCCAGAAACUGGUCAUUCCAGAGCUCCAGUACACGUCCUACCUUUACACUGUCCAACACCCACACAAGAAGGAGAAGCAGCUGGGGUUGCCAUUGCCAUGGACCAGUCUCCAGGAGAGGAUGCAGCUCCCAAAUACCAGCUAGGACACAUGACAACCCGCUGUGGCUUCCCACUGCUUUGCAUCACCCCAUGUCUGGCAUGUGACUGACUGACACAAGACAGGACUCUUGUGCAUGGGGGGAGGCAGUGGGGGCUUUGUUCAGGGUCACCGAGUUGGUGGUUGGUCCCUUUUUGGGGACCUUGAGCCAAAGGCUCUGCGUUGGUCAGAUCCUGUGUGAUCCUUCCUGCCUGCUCCCAGCUGGGGAGUGCUGGGCAGGCUGCAGCUGGCAUAGACAUUCCAGCUUCUCAAUCAUUAAU